AUGGGACAGGAAGAAUCGACUCUGGCCGCCUCUGGCCCUCCAGCCACACUCGAAGAAAGAAGCCUGGAAGCCGUCGCCGACUAUAUCAAGAGCGGCAAUGCUCGGCGCAUUGUGGUCUUGACAGGCGCGGGUAUCUCGACUGCCGCUGGCAUUCCCGACUUUCGAUCGCCAAAGACGGGCCUGUAUAGCAACUUGGCGCGCCUCAACCUUCCCUAUGCCGAGGCUGUCUUCGACAUUUCCUACUUUCGCAACCAUCCCGAGCCCUUCUAUGUGCUUGCGCAGGAGCUAUAUCCCGGAAAAUUCCAUCCGACUGUCUCUCAUGCCUUCAUUGCGCUUCUUGCUGAAAAGGGCCUUCUUCAAAUGCUCUUUACGCAAAACAUUGACUGUCUCGAACGAGCGGCCGGCGUUCCUGCACACAAGAUAGUCGAAGCCCACGGCAGUUUUGCGACACAGCGUUGCAUUGAGUGCAAAGUCGAGUUCCCUGAUGCCGAUAUGAAGGCACAUGUUGUCCGAGGUGAUGUCCCUCAUUGCAAUGAAUGCAAGGGACUGGUAAAGCCAGACAUAACAUUUUUCGGCGAAGCCCUUCCAAGAGACUUUUCAGAGAAGUCGCACAACACCGUCAUGGCGGAUCUUGUUCUCAUUAUUGGAACAAGCCUAACGGUGUAUCCAUUCGCAAGCCUUCCCGAGAUGGCGAGAAAAGAGGUGCCGCGCGUGCUCUUCAACAUGGAGAAAGUCGGUUCAUUAGGAUCGCGAGUUGAUGAUGUACUUGAAUUGGGAGCGUGCGACGACGGUAUUCGAAAACUAGCCAACUUGCUAGGCUGGACAGACGAACUGGAUGAUAUAUGGAGAAACAUUGUUGGGAAUGAGGAGGCCGAUAGACAACUGCGCAGCCAGACUGAUCGUGAUGAAGAGCUUGAAGAUGAGUUGCAGAAGUUGACUGGAGAAAUUGAGACUGUCCUCAAGCUUGAAGAGGAAGAGGAAGAAAAGAAGCAAAAGGAUGAAGAAAAGAACCAGGAAGUAGACGGGGAUGUUUCACAUGAUGCCCAGACACCCAAGGAUGACGCAGACGUUAAAGAGGCUGCUAAGACAGAGAAUCCAACAAAGGAGGAGGGUGGAGAAAAGCCUCAGCAGAAUUGA